GUCUUAUUUUGCACGUACAAUAUACUAACGCCCUCCUACUCGCCCGAGGGAUACAAGCUGCUUCAGCUUAUCUGUAGUUACCUCGAGCUCGACGCUUUUUUUUCCCUUGAAGUUCACACCAGUGAAACAGUCCGAGCCGCCUGGAAAGAAGAAUAUAUUGUGUUAGCCCUGGUCGCUAAAACUCAGGGGCGAAACACGAAAAUCAAGACCAACUGGGAUUUCCCGAAGAUACAUGCACUAAUACAUUUCCUCAACGACAUUCUGCAGAAGGGAGGAAGCCGUCAUACUUCGACUCGUCCGAACGAAGGCAUGCACGGCCCGCUCAAGGAUGCAUACGAGAACCGAUCAAACGGCAAAGAUUUCGCCGAACAGAUCUUGCGCGUCGACACCCACCAGCUGGCGCUCCUCGUCAUCAGUGAGCGUAUCCAGCGGCAAGCCGAGAUCAAGCGCCUGGAAGCGCUUCAGGCUCGUGUAGAGCAUGACGACGAAGUCACAGCUUACGAAACCGACAGCAGCUGGCAUGUCUACCUCGGAUCCCCGCAGCAGCCCAUAGCUGUCCAGGAUGUCGUCCGUAAGUGCGACCAGGAUGUUGCUUUCGAGGGCUUCGACCUCAAACUUCAAGACUACAUCAAUUCUCGCCUUUUCCCCGACCUACUAGUAGGGAUUUCUCUGCCGACGCCUCUAGCUAUCCCGGAAACGUUCCAGGUAUUUCUUACUUGUAGCCUUUGCGAUUUUCCUAACCAAUGUAUAGAUCACCGAAUAUUACUUCUUCAAGGUUAA